AGGCGUGAAAAAAAGGAACAAGAAUUUGACAACAUGGCGCACUUUCCUUGAGAAAAGUUUCUCUAGAACGCAAACAAACCACGUUUAAGGUGGCAUUUUUACAGUUUCUCGACUAUUUAACUAAAACCGACAGACUUUGGAAAGAAUUGAAGACUUGUUGGUGGUAAAAAAACUAACUUUGCAUUACAUUUAGUGGCGUUUAUCAUGGGAUGAGAGAAGCCCGUUGCAGAAGCCAAGUAACCUACAUACACACAGGAUGGAGAAGCAAGCAACUUUAAAGGAAAAGUUUUCAAUUUUCGGCUCCCGGACAGUGGGCAGAGCUGCGCAGCGUGAAGCUGAAGAGGAAGGGGGCCGAUGUGGCCUCAACAAGGCAGAGUUCAUGGAGAGAGUUCAGCAGAGCAAUGAGGCCUGCCAACGUGGUGACUUCCAGACUGCCGUGAGUCUCUAUGGCGACGCCCUGCGAGCCGACCCACAGAACUGCAUCCUCUACAGCAACCGCUCAGCAGCCCUUCUCAAAUUGGGACGCUACCAGGCUUCCCUGGAUGACGCUGUCAAGGCCUGUCUACUCAACCCCAAGUGGCCCAAGGCAUACUUCCGACAGGGUGUUGCCCUUCAGUACCUUGGUCGCCAUGCCGACGCGCUGGCCGCCUUUGCCUCGGGGCUGGCCCAAGACCCCAAGAGCCUGCAGCUAUUGGUGGGCAUGGUGGAGGCUGCCAUGAAGUCCCCACUACGAGAGUCACUGGAACCCACCUACCAGCAGCUGCAGAAGAUGAAACUGGACAAGAGUCCGUUCGUGGUUGUGUCAGUGAUUGGUCAAGAGCUGCUGACAGCGGCCCACCAUACCGCCUCCGUGGUGGUACUGGAGUCCGCAUUGAAGAUCGGCACCUGCAGCCUCAAGCUGCGCGGCUCCGUCUUCUCAGCCCUCAGCAGUGCCCACUGGUCCCUGGGCAAUACCGAGAAGAGCACCGGAUACAUGCAGCAAGACCUGGAGGUCUCCAAAACACUAGGUGACCAAACAGGUGAAUGUCGUGCCCAUGGUAACCUGGGCUCAGCAUUCUUCUCCAAAGGGAACUACCGCGAGGCCCUGACUAACCAUCGCCACCAGCUGGUCCUGGCCAUGAAGCUCAAGGACAGGGAGGUAAGAGACAUGAAGGAGCGCAGGAUGGAGGCCUGUGCCUACGCGGCCCUGGGUGCCACCUACAGACUGGUGCAGAAGUACGACAAGUCCCUGGGCUACCACACCCAGGAGCUGGAGGUGUACCAGGAGCUGGGCGAUGUUCCCGGGGAGUGUAAAGCCCACGGCCACCUGGCAGCUGUCUACAUGGCCCUGGGGAAGUAUGCCAUGGCCUUCAAGAGCUACGAGGAGCAGCUAGAGCUGGGCCGCAGACUGAAGGACCCGGGGGUAGAGGCCCAGGUCUACGGCAACAUGGGCAUCACCAAGAUGAACGUAGGGGUGAUGGAGGAGGCUAUAGGCUACCUGGAGCAGCAGUUGGCCACCCUGCAGCAGCUGAGUGGCAACGAGGCCGUACUGGACCGAGGCAGGGCCUAUGGUAACCUGGGAGACUGUUACGAAGCCUUAGGAGACUUUGAGGAGGCCAUUAAAUACUACGACCAGUACCUGUCUGUGGCCCAGAGCCUGAACCGCAUGCAGGACCAGGAGAAGGCUUACCGAGGUCUGGGCAAUGGACACAGGGCGAUGGGUAACCUGCAGCAGUCCCUGGUUUGCUUUGAGAAGCGGCUGGUGGUGGCCCAUGAGUUGGGGGAGUGUGGCGGGAAGGCCCAGGCCUACGGGGAGCUGGGGGCGCUCCACAGCCAGCUGGGGAACUAUGAACAGGCCAUCUCCUGUCUUGAGCGCCAGCUAGGCAUCGCCCGCGACACCCAGGACCGCCCACUAGAGGGCGACGCUAGUUGCGGCCUGGGCGUGGUGUACCAGUCCAUGGGGGAGUAUGAGACAGCCCUGCGCUGCCACCAGAGUGACCUGGAGAUCGCAGAGGAGACGGGCAGCCCCGCUCGACAGGGCCGUGCCUAUGGCAACCUGGGCCUCACCUAUGAGUCACUGGGCAACUAUGAGCGUGCGGUGGUGUUCCAGGAGCAGCAUCUGAGUGUUGCAGCUCAGACCAACGACCUGGCAGCCAAGACCCUGGCCUACGGUAGCCUGGGGAGGACACACCACGCACUGCAGAACUACUCACAGGCUGUCAUGUAUCUGCAGGAAGGCCUACGGCUGGCGGAGCAGCUGGCUCGGCGUGAGGAUGAGGCUAAGAUCCGCCAUCGUCUGGGGCUGUCUUUGUGGGCCAGUGGGAACCUGGAGGAGGCCCAGCACCAGCUCUACCGAGCGUCUGCACUGUUUGAGACCAUUCGUCACGAGGCCCAGCACAGCACCGACUACAAACUGUCUCUGUUUGACCUGCAGACUUCCUCCUAUCAGGCACUCCAGAGGGUCCUCGUCAGCCUAGGCCACCAUGACGAGGCGUUGGCGGUGGCAGAGCGGGGUCGGACACGAGCAUUUGCUGACCUGCUGGUGGAGAGGCAGACAGGCCAGCAGGACUCAGACCCCUACACCCCAGUCACAGUGGAGCACAUCCUGGACACGGUGAACAGCCAGAGGGCCCUGGUGCUCUACUUCUCCAUGGCUGCUGGGUACCUGUACAGCUGGCUGCUGGCUCCAGGAGCAGGCAUCCUGAAGUUCCAUGAGGUGUACUUGGGAGAGGGCGUGCCAGAGGGCGGGCCAGACCUCCAUGAGGGUGGGGGAGGGGGUGUGGCCAGCGGCUCAUCUUUGGAGCAGCACAUUGCCAGUGCUCGGGAGGCCCUGGGAGUAGAGUCCUACUACAGCAGGGGUUGUUCCAGCAGUGAGACAGAGAGUGAGGCAGGGGACCUGUUGGACCAGCAGUUUGAAGAGCUCAACAACAAACUCAACUCUGUGACUGACCCCACUGGCUUCCUCCGCAUGGUGUCCAGAAACAACCUGUUCAACAGGAGCUGCCAGAGUAUGACCAGCCUGUUCAGUAACACAAUGUCCCCAGCUAAAGAUGGCUGCUCCUCUCUGCCCCGCCGACCCAGCAGCCUCAGCAAACCUCCUCUCCGUGCCCUCUACGACCUGCUCAUCGCACCCAUGGAAGGGGGCCUGAUGCACUCCAGUGGUCCCGUGGGCAGACACAGACAGCUGGUGUUGGUGUUGGAGGGGGAGUUGUACCUCAUCCCCUUCGCCCUGCUGAAGGGCAGCUCCUCUAAUGAGUACCUGUAUGAACGCUUCAGCCUCAUCGCUGUGCCUUCCAUCCGGGGCAUGGGGACCAUCUCCAAGAGUCAUUCUCGGCGGGCGGGGCCGGCUUCCUGCGGGGGCGUGUCCAUGGCGGCGGUGGUGGGGAACCCUCGUCUGCCGUCGUCUGUGAUGGACCGCUGGCUGUGGGGGCCCAUGCCCUCUGCCGAGGAGGAGGCCCUCAUGGUGUCUGAGCUGCUGGGCUGCCAGCCCCUGGCUGGAUCCUCUGCCACCAAGGAGAGGGUGAUGAGUGCCCUCACCCAGGCCGAGUGUGCCCACUUCGCUACCCACAUCUCAUGGAAGCUGGCCGCCUUGGUGCUCACACCCAACCCAGAGAGUGUACCCGGCGGGGCAGGGGCGGGGACUGGAGGGAGAGGGGCAGGGGGAGGGAGGAGAGGCAGCGGAGGCAGGGGCAGGAAAGGCUCGUUUGGGAGCAGCUACACCAUCCCAGAGAGCCUGCACCUGCAGGAUGAUGGGAGCGACGCGGAGAGUAUCUGUGACAGCCCACCCCUGCAGGAGUUCCUGCUUACCGCUGCUGACAUACUGGACCUGAGGCUGCCUGUCAAACUGGUGGUGCUGGGGUCAUACCAGGAGUCCAGCAGUAAGGUGACAGCAGACGGUGUGGUAGGUCUGACCAGGGCCUUCCUUGCUGCUGGGGCCCAGUGUGUCUUGGUGUCUCUGUGGCCUGUUCCUGUGUCAGCCUCCAAAGUGUUCGUCCAUGCCUUUUACACUGCUCUGCUCAACGGGACCAAGGCCAGCGCUGCCCUCGCAGACGCCAUGAAGACUGUCCAGAGCAGCAAGCAGUACUCCCACCCCUCUAACUGGGCAGGUUACAUGCUGAUUGGUAAUGAUGUCAAGCUAAACAGCCCCUCGUCCCUGAUUGGCCAGGCUCUAGCAGAGAUCCUACAGUAUCCAGAGAGAGCACGGGAUGCUCUGCGAGUCUUACUGCACCUGGUGGAGAAGUCUCUCCAGAGGAUUCAGAACGGCCAGCGUAACUCCAUGUACACGUCCCAGCAGAGUGUGGAGAACAAGGUGGGGGGCGUCCCAGGCUGGCAUGCCCUGCUGACCGCUGUGGGCUUCCGCCUGGACUCGGCUGGCACCGGCAUCCCUGCUGCUGUCUUCUUCCCCACAGCAGACCCUGGGGACAGGCUGCAGCAGUGUAGUACCACCCUGCAGUCAAUACUUGGUCUACCGCCCCCAGCUCUCCAAGCCCUGUGUAAACUCAUCACCGCCUCUGAGGCAGGCGAGCAGCUCAUCAACCGGGCUGUUAAAAAUAUGGUGGGAAUGCUCCACCAGGUGCUGGUCCAGCUGCAGACAGGGGAGAAGGAGCAGGACUUCUCUCUGCUGCCCAUCCAGGUGUCCAUCAGUGUGCAGCUCUGGAGACUGCCAGGGUGCCAUGAAUUCCUGGCUGCACUAGGGUUCGACCUGUGUGAGGUGGGCCAGGAGGAGGUGGUACUGAAGACGGGGAAGCAAGCCAACCGCCGCACCAUGCACUUUGCCCUCCAGUCCCUACUGGCACUAUUUGACUCCACAGAGCUGCCAAAGCGUCUCAGCCUGGACAGCUCGUCCUCCCUGGAGUCCCUGGCCUCGGCCCAGUCUGUCUCCAACCCCCUACCGCUGGGCUACCCCAACCCACCCUUCUCCCCACCCUGCCUGGACAAUCUGGCCUCAGAUGCCAUCUCCGUCUACAGCCUGAGCUCCGUGGCCUCCACCAUGAGCUUUGCGUCCAAGUCAGAGUGUGACUUCCUGGGCCAUCGACAGCGUGGUGGGGCCACAGCACACUUCUCUGCCCACAAACACCCACACGUUCCCCGCAGUCGCUCCUCUCCUCACGGGGCGGCUGCAGCAGCAGGAGUGGGCCGGGGAGAUGACGAGGAGUAUGAAGGCUUCUCCAUUAUCAGCAGUGAGCCUCUGGGAAGCCACUGUGACUCCCUGCCUCUACCUCUGGGUCAUGGUCAGCGCCACCUCCACCGCGGGGGCAGGGGUGUUGUUGGGGGGUCCAGCUCAGGCACUGGGCGGGGUUAUCAGGUGUCUGUGUCGUCACGAGGCAGUGUCAGCACCCCCACUUCCCCUGUCAAGACCAGCCUGGUUCCCAGCUCCAACUCUCCCUUCCAGAAGGUGCCAGGCAAAGUGAGCAGCUCAGACACAGGUGAGUCGGACCAGUCCAGCACUGAGACAGACAGCACCGUCAAAUCCCAGGAAGAGAAGACUGUCCCUCUGGAUCCCCAAGAGCUGGCCCAGAAGAUCCUGGAGGAGACCCAAAGCCACCUGCGGGCAGUGGGGAGUCUACAGCGGGCUGGGGUUGAGGGGGCUGCAGCUGGAGCCACAGCACGGAGCUCUGCCUUCCGCUCCUCAGAGACCAGCGCCUUCAGCCGUCCCAGUAGCAGCGCCAGUGUCCGUGCCCAGUCCUCCCCACGACCCAAACCUCCGUCCCGCUCUUCCUCUCUGCAGAAGAUCAGCUCUGGUUACAACAGCCCUGCAGCCUCGGAGACCUCCCUAAAGGAUAGCAGUCACCCCUCCCCCACCCUGGACAGCCAUGCCCAGUUCAAGCUAAAAUACCCUAGCUCCCCCUAUAGUGGGCACAUCUCCCGCUCUCCCAGUAACGUGUCCCCCAGCUCUGGCCACCAGUCCCCAGCUGGCAGUGCCCCAUCUCCAGCUCUCUCCUACUCCUCCACGGGCUCUGCCUGCUCCAGCCCUGCCGAUGCCCCAGACCUGGACCGCCUCAGACGGGGAGUAAUUGAUGAGAAGGUUGUGGCCAUCCACAACCUGAAGACAUUCUGGGCCAAUGCAGCGGCCCAGCAACAACAGCAACAUCUGGGUCCAGUCCGUGCUCUCCGUGGCGCCCCAGGAUCCCUGGUCUCUGCCAAGAGAGAUGUGCUGAGCCUUCUGAACCUUUCCCCACGACACUGCUCCCCCAGCGACGCCCAAGACAGCCUGGAGCUGCGGGAGCUGGGGCUGCACUCGCUGGACAGGGGCAGCAAGAACCCCUCCAACGGACACAACCCCAGAAAGAUGGCCCCCUCACCCACUAUUUCCACGAGCAGCAGCCCUGGUGCUCGCUCAAUCAGACUACCUGCUGGCAAUGGAUACAAGUUCCUCUCCCCUGGCAGGUUUUUCCCCUCCUCCAAAUGCUGAGACACUUUAAAAUGGUCCUAUUGCCUAUUUUGCUAUCCUGUGUACUGGGGGAGUAGGGCAUUUUCUGGAGGGCCACUAUUAGUCCAUCGAACUUGAUUGACAAUGAAAAGGAUUUGAUCAGCCAAUGAGAGUGAUCCCUCAGAGGCUCAUGAAUGCUUAGAGAGUGUCUUGUCGUUGUGCCCAUAACACUGUAAAUGGCAAUGAGAAAGACUCAAAGACCUGAUACUGUGUUUGUGUGUAUGUGUGUGUCAGGUAGACUUCAAUGCCAAUCGGUAUUUCCUCCCCAAAAAUUUGUAUUUGUGUGGGCCAAGAUGAAACCGCUCCAACUGGUCUCCAUUCUAUUUUUGUUUAAAUCGAAUGAUUAUUGUUAUUAUUAUUUGUUAUUGUUAUUAUUAAUAUUAUUAUUAUUUUGUAAAUUAAAUCCAGUGUUUCACAAUCAGUACUAAGCGUUUUUAUAUUAUUAAAAAAGUGAACAAAACUGUUCCAUGUAAAGAUGGAUAAAGUAAAAAAAAAAAAGAUGUAAUAUUUUUUAUUGAAAUGGAAACUGGCAUUUUGCCUGAUUUCUUUGUGAAUUGAGUGUCUGCUCUGAAGCAUGGAUUCUCUUACUAUUCAAUGUUAAGUACCAUGUAUGACUUUUUAGCCCAUGAUUUUUGUUUAUUAAACAUGGAAACUUCAUGACAACCAUCUCUGUCAUUUAUCAGUAUAACUGUUUCAAUAAAAAAUCAUGUUUGCUUUCUUGUA